ACAGUACGGUUUAGCUGGGCGCGUUGUCUUUGAUUUUACUCUAUGGAAUAACGUCAGUUGCUCAUGAACGCGUUCACUUGACAACCCCUAUACAAAAAUCCUCGUCAAGGCCUUGGACUACUACCUCAGCUGGUCACACUAUUGAACUUGAUUGUACGAGAAACAACUGAGCUAGAUUGCACUCGAAGAAAUGCAUGGGAUAGAGGUGUGUUUGCUUGUGGUGGCUUUUUGGCUGACCGUGAUCUUGGUGCCACACCCAGCACUGACCCAAGACGAGGAACUGCCUGAAUCGUCCACAGCCUUGUUCAAUCUCCACCCUGAUCCCGAGAGAAGAUUGAACAUCGAUUAUGAUCCCUUUGACCACAGCAUGAUGGCUGAUCGGCAAGAAGGUCAAGACUGCCAAGAUGAGUGCGACCGUUUCGUGGGAUAUGGGGCUGGAUUGUGCGCCACAAUCUCGUCUUUUACCGCCAAUGUCGGAUGCUUUAUCGUAACUUUUGCCAACCCUAUUCAUUGUGGCGUGCUGCAAGGGGUCAUGUUCGCCUUUGGUGGAUAUUGCACCUCGAGUGCUCCGGCCAGGAUCUGCGCUGUCUGUCGUGAGGGAUUUACCAUGAAUAUGAUUCUCCACAGAGAGAUUUUAAUCGAUCGUCAAAUGGAAAAAGUUAAGAAUAUGCAGAAGGACUUGGAAAUUGUACGAGAAGAGAUGGCCUUCAUGAGCCAGACCUGGCAUGCCAAACAGAAUACCUUUGAUAUGCAAUUAAGAUCUGCCGGCCAUUUCGAUGAUGUGGACCAUCUCCUUCAGGUUAUGUCUCUGAUCGAGUAUUCGCCCGAAGGCGUUCCAGUGGAUAAUCAUGCCCUCAAGUUGUUUCUGGACACGGCUCUUUCCCCCGCCAGGCACGGAGUGCUCAAUCUGAUUAACAAGUUCCAUCGAAUCUUUGCCGGUGGAGGUCAUUGUGCUAAAUGCUUCGGCGGAAGAAAAUCUAUCUUUGAAAUCAAUCCUGAUUUCUAUUGUCAGACCGAGGUUGUCACGGACUUGGACAAUGCCUUGUUUGGUUGCUACCACGCCUUCUUCUUCGCCAUGAAGCUUAAGGGUGAAGAGACUGAAAAGUACGAAUCAGAGUUUGCUCGCAUGCGCAAGCAAGAAUUCGACGAAUUUUCCCGCUUUUGCCAAACGAAAUCAUCCGAAGCCACAACUUCUAAAUGUCAAGAUGAAGAGUGUGAGGGACCCAGCCAGGAGCCUGCCUGGGAUUCGAGUGAUCCCAAGGAGGAACCAAGAACCAAUUGGAAGAUACGACUCAAUUGACGAAGUCUGAAACUCAAGGACCAAGCGUCAUUACAAGUGCUUUAUGCUGAUUCUCUCGCAAUGUCACGUGACCUUGACAUGGACCCUACCCUAGAUCUGAUCACGUGAUCAUGUGAUGGGUGGUUGUUUCUCUAAACAUCAUUGUCAGUGCCCGCAAGAACUGUAGAUUCUUUAGGUUGUAUUAUGCAAAACACUACGCUCGUUUUAUCUAAUCGUCAUGUAAUCCUGCCUUCUCGGAAAGUAAUUUUCAAUUGCAA